GCAGAAAGGAAGUGGUCGAGUCGAACCGUUCGUUGCAAACGAUAUUCUCUCGCGUUUAAAAAGUUGCUGUAGAUCUAUUAGUGAAUAGACAGUGCACUGAAACAGAUAAGUUUUACGUAACAUGAUCGCAUAUAUUAUGAAGAAGAGCUACAACAUGUAUUUUAUAUUGAACUUAUUCAUUAUCACAAUUAAUUUUUUAUUAAUUGCUGCGCAGAAUACAACAGAACAACCCUCUACGCCAGAUCCAAACAAGCGUACAUUUCAAAAACCGGAUAAGAAAUCCGUUAAUAAAACAUUCGAUAAAGACUUAACAGACUGGUUAUUUACUGGUUGUUGGGGAGAAAAUAAUUCUGAAUCGAAUAAAUGCUCUCCGUAUCACAUUGCCACCGAAUACCCCAGUUACGAUGGGUGGUACAAUAAUAUUGGUAGACCAGAGCUAGGUGCAGUUGACACUCCAUUGCUAAGAAGACUGCCAGCCGCUUAUGAAGAUGGAGUAUACAAGCCUUCAGGUUCUAAUAGACCAGAACCAUUAGAGCUAAGUGAGAAGCUGUUGAGUGGAAAAAUUGGAUCAAAGUCAAGAACGGGAAGAAACACUUUACUUGUAUUUUUCGGUCAACAAGUGGUGGAGGAAAUUUUAGAUGCUCAAAGACCGGCGUGCCCACCCGAAUAUAUCAACGUAAAUAUUCCGGAAAAUCAUCGAUACAAAACUAAACUAGGACACACAAAAAUGCCAGUUUUACGCACGCGAUAUGAUUAUCGAACCGGUCAUUCGCCGAACAAUCCUCGUCAACAGCUAAAUGAGAUUACACCGUUCAUCGACGGUGGAUUAAUUUACGGCACAUCUAAAGCAUGGUCCGACGUUUUAAGGACAAAUUCCAGUGGAAUAUUGCAGGCAGAUGGUCAACUCGCAUCAUCGUACUUCGGUUAUCCCGAUUACAAUACCGUCCGAUUACCGAUGGCCAAUCCACCGCCACCUAUUCAUCAUCAUCAAUACGUUUCUCGACAUUAUACCGAGAGCGUUACCAGAUAUUUCAAGUUGGGAAAUCCACGAGGAAAUGAAAAUCCGUUUCUACUGACUUUUGGUAUAAUAUGGUUCAGAUGGCACAAUUUCGUAGCAUCUCAUAUUAAACGUCGCAAUCCAAAUUGGUCCAGCGACAAGAUUUACAACGAGGCUCGUAAAUGGGUGAUUGCGACCCAGCAACACAUUAUCGUCAACGAAUGGUUGCCUUCAUGGUUGGGAAGCAGACUUCCUGUAUAUACGGGUUACAAUCCUAAUAUCGAUCCGCAAAUAGAGCAAUUUUUUCAAUCGGCUGCUUUUCGCUUCGGACACACUUUGGUUCCACCAGGUGUAUACUUGCGUGAUUAUGGGAGGAAUAAUUGUUUCUUGGAAUCAUAUCCAAUUAGAACAUGCAACAAUUAUUGGAUGUCACAGAAUUCUCUGUAUGCAAAUUUGAAGAGAUUAGAAGAUGUUAUCGACGUAGAGAAAUUACUAAUGGGAAUGGCUAUUCAAUUAUGCGAAGAGGAAGAUCAUAAGAUCGUUGAAGAUUUGCGAGGCAGUUUAUUUGGGCCACUCGAAUUCUCAAGGAGAGAUUUAAUGGCACUUAAUAUUCAGAGAGGACGUGAUCACGGAGUACCUAAUUACAACAGUGCUCGUCGUGCAUACGGUCUAUCGGAGGUUCAAAAUGUAUCCUAUUUUGAUCGCGUGAAUGAAACGAUUCGAGAUGAAUUUCUCAAACUGUACAAUAACUCGUUCGAUGAUGUGGAUAUCUGGGUAGGUGGGAUACUAGAAACUGACGAUGGACCUGGGCCGCUCUUUCAAAAUAUAAUCAGUGAUCAAUUUCAACGAAUACGCAAUGGUGAUAGAUUUUGGUACAAGAAUUUCGACAAUAAGUAUACUUUUACUUACGAGGAAACUGAAAGAUUAGAACAAUUAUCAUUUUACGAUGUAUUAAUGUGUGUCACUAAAAUGGACUGGAAUGAUAUUCCAAGCAAUCCUUUUAGAGUUCCUACAAGAAUGGAUGAUAUACAUCCCAAUUGUAUUAAUAAUAAAGUUGUUAAAAAAGGCGAAUGUACAACUGAUUCUUGUUUUCACGUUGAUCAAAUAAAUGAACAUACAAUCGAGAAUUGCACUGAACCUGGGACUUACGAUUAUUUUUCGAAUAGCAGUGCGUCCUUCAUUCUUACAUUUUUAGGUGUAUCAACAUUUUUCUGUGGUAUCAUUGUAUUAAUAAUCUUUAAGAUACAACUUAAGAACGAACUAAUGAGAGAAACUAUUAUAAAAGUAGACCAUAGUGAUAAUGUAGAUAUCAUACAUACUGCUAGCGAAUGGCAAGAACCAAAAACUGCAUUCAGACGUGUAAUAUUAAUACCAAACAUCAGAAAAAAUCAACUGGAAGUGAAAAAUCAAUUGGGAUAUUUGAUACGCGCAAUGGACUUUCCAAUCAAUAGCAAUGUCAAGAUUUAUUGCGCGUCUGAUAAUCAUUAUAUUUUAAUCCGCAUACAUCAUAGUUAUGAUUUAGUGUUGAAGUUUGAUUCCGAUUUUUUGAGAAGCACAUUUAUAAAAGUAUUCGAAAGAUUUAUAUCGGAUAUGGCAACAUCUGGAAAUGUCUGCUCAAUGCAAAUGAUAACUAAUAUUUCAUAUUCAGCGUUACUCAAGCAAGCAAUAACUAAGAAGCAUCGUCAAAAGAAAUUGGAAAUGUUUUUUCGCGUUGUAUUCGCACAGGCAUUCCAUAUUGCACAUACGGAAGAAGAAAUCUUACAGAUAGAUUCGAUAGUUGCAAGAGAAGUGAUUUACACCGAAUUAACUAUCAUAGAAUUCGCGGAAGCUCUGAGUAUGAAGCCGGACGCUGAAUUCGUAAAGAAAAUAUUUAAUCUAGUGGAUAAAGAUAAGAAUGGUUUUAUAUCAUUUCGAGAAUUUGUUGACAUGUUGGUAAUAUUUCUAAAGGGUUCUGCAGAAGAGAAAAUGAAGUUAAUGUUUGAUAUGUAUGAUAUCAAUGGUACAGGAAAACUUAAAAGAGAAGAGUUUUCAGCUAUGUUAAGAUCAUUUAUGGAAACUGGAAAUGCUGAUAUAACAGACAAUGAAUUGGAAUCUUUAGUGCAAUCCAUGAUGUAUCACGCUGAUUUGGCAAACAAAGAAACUAUAAAUCUACAGGAUUUUCAACAGAUACUCAGCGACUUCAAUGAUAAAUUUAAUUAUGCAGAACUGGAGUUUAACGUGCCUGUGGAUGGGAAAAACAGCAGAAAACUUCACGCAGGUGUGAAAACAGUUAGAUCAACAUUCAUCGGCGAAGUACAAAAGACGGUGGAGAGUCUAUAUGCCGAUCCAAAUGAAUUACAAUGUAGAAUCGAGGGUAAAAUUGAAAGCGAACAAAAUGCGAAAGAGGAAAAAAGUAAUAGCGAAAUUAUCGAUAAGAACGAGAAAAUUAUCGAAGAGAUGAAGAAACACUCGGACGAUUAUUGGUAUCCUAUAAUGAAAUACCUCGCUAACAAACGAUUGCAAAUAUUCUGGGCAUGUUUAUAUACCUUGUUUUUGCUUGGGAUUUUCGCAGAGAGAGUGUACUAUUAUUCUAUACAACGAGAACAUUCUGGUUUGAGACGAAUAUUGGGUCAUGGUAUUGCUAUAACGAGAGGUGCGGCAUCGGCUAUGAUGUUCACUUAUUCCACAUUAAUAAUUAUGAUGUGCCAUAACACCAUCACUAUUCUUAGAACCACAAUUCUACAGUUCUACAUUCCUUUCGAUUCAGCGAUAGAAAUGCAUAAAUAUAUCGCUUAUUGGGCCUUGGUCUUUACUGUGUUACAUAUAAUUGGACAUGGUUUUAAUUUUUAUCAUAUAUCUACGCAAACUGCUGAUGAUUUAACGUGUUUGUUUCGCAAUUAUUUCCACGCAACACAUGAGCUGCCAAAGUUCCAUUAUUGGUGUUGGGGUACAAUGACAGGUAUAACAGGAAUAUUUUUAACCAUUGUAACUGGAUUAAUAUUUAUAUGCUCAUUGCCAAUGGUACGCAAGUCAUUCUACAAUUGGUUCUCUCUUGUACAUUCCUUGUAUCCAGUUUUUUACAUACUGAUGAUUUUACAUGGCAGUGGAAGAUUAGUACAAGAACCAUAUUUUCAUUUUUUCUUGGGACCAGUCAUUCUAUUUAUUCUCGAUAAAGUUGUAACUGUGACUAGAAUAACGAUAGAGAUACCAAUACUCAAAGCAGAAAUUCUACCAUCAGGUGUAACAUAUAUAGCAUUUCCAAAACCUUUAAAUUUUCAAUAUAAAUCUGGUCAAUGGAUUAGAAUAGCAUGUCCAGCAUUGCAGACAAAUGAGUAUCAUCCAUUUACUUUAUCAUCCACGCCACAUGAAACGAAUUUAAGUGUACAUAUACGAGCAGUUGGACCAUGGACCACUAAUAUUAGAGAGAAAUUAGAAUUGUGCACAAUGUCUAAUGAAGAUUUACCAAUGAUUCACAUGGAUGGCCCAUAUGGGGAAGGUCAUCAAGACUGGGAUAAAUAUGAAGUGGCAAUUAUGGUUGGUGGUGGUAUAGGUGUUACACCUUUUGCAUCAAUACUAAAGGAUAUUGUUUUUAAGUCAAACUAUAGCUUAAACUUUGGUUGCAAAAAGGUAUAUUUUAUUUGGGUGACAAGAACGCAAAAACAAUUUGAAUGGAUGAUCGAUAUACUAAGAGAGCUAGAGAAAGCAGAUAUCAAUAACACAGUAUCAAUUCAUAUCUUUGUUACUCAAUUUUAUCAAAAAUUUGAUCUACGUACAAUACUUUUAUAUAUUUGUGAACGUCAUUUUCAAAAGAUUUCAAACAAAUCUUUAUUUACUGGACUGAGAGCAGUGACACAUUUUGGACGUCCAAAAUUCUCUCAAUUUUUCCUGUCUAUACAAAAAUUACAUCCUACUAUAAACAAGAUUGGUGUUUUCAGUUGUGGUACACCAGCUAUGACACAAGCCGUAGAUGCAGCUUGUAAAACGAUUAAUCUAACAAAAAUCAAUAAUACAUUAUUUCAACAUCAUUAUAAAAGCUUCUAAAAGUAUAUUUAUAAAUAUUCAAUAUAAAAUUUCAUUUUUGAUAGACUGAAUUGUUUCAUAAUAAUCAUAAUCUUAAUGAUUCACUUUUUUACUGUAUUUUUCUGAUGAAUCAUGUUCUUAUAAAAAUAACAUUGAUAAAAAGAUAUAAACUUCAUACUUUUUUACUUCUCUAUUAAUGUUA